AUGGUACCCCCUAUCUUAGCCUUUCCCAACUGUUUCUCUUUCUCUCGACGCAAUUCAUCUUCCCCUCCUCCCCGUCGAGUUCCGGCAUCUCUCUCACACGGCGACAAAAUCGACGACUCCGGCGAUGAAAUCGACGACUCUAGUGACAAAACCUUAGUCUUCCACUUCUCAGUGGUGACAUUGACCAGAAGAAAUUUGGUGAGCGAAGGAGGUGACUUUCAGGAGCCACCGGAGGAAGCGAAGCUCUUCGUCGGGAACUUGGCUUACGACGCUGACAGUCAAGCCUUGGCUACGCUCUUUCAGCAAGCCGGUACUGUUGAAAUCGCUGAGGUUAUCUACAAUAGGGAGACGGACCAGAGUCGUGGGUUCGGAUUUGUGACAAUGAGUACCGUGGAAGAAGCUGAGACUGCUGUUGAGAAGUUCAACCGUUAUUGGCGUCAUUAG